GUCUCAAAGCGGCUAACGAUCUCCUUUCCCUUCCUCCCCGACAACAAACAUUCUGUGAGGUGAGUGGGGCUGAGAGACUUCAAAGAAGUGUGACUAGCCCAAAGUCACCCAGCAGCUGCAUGUGGAGGAGCAGGGAAGCGAACCCGGUUCACCAGAUUACGAGUCCAUCGCUCUUAACCACUACACCACGCUGGCUCCAUCAGGCACAAUAUCCUCCAGACAUUGCUGAACUACAACUCCCACCUUCCCUGACCAUUGCUCAUUCUGGAUAGGGCUGGUGAGAAUUAGGAGCACAAUAACACUGAGAGGGCAACCGGUCCCCAACCCUUGAUGUACACAGCACUGCCCUAGGUCCCUGCUCCAAAGACAAUACAAUAGGGAGAGAGACAACCAAGGGAUGGGUGGUGCAAAGGAUGAGCGAUUUUUUUUUUCUCUUCUGAAAUUGGUCCCCCUAACUUGCAACGGAAACUGGUUUCUAUCCUUUUUCUUACUUUUUUUGUUAUUAAAGGUUAUAGGCAGCAUUGAGUAAUCAAAAGACAUAUUAGCAGAGGUGUUGAAGGUUGGUCAAGUUUGAUGAGGUGCCAUUUCCUGUGCAACCUCCUUUCUGCUGCCUCUGACAAACUGUCAAGAGCUGCUUCCCCUCAGAGCCGAGCCUGACGAUCAGAGGGCUACUCUGCCUCAGGGGUUUGGAUCAUGAACAAGGGAUCACAUCUAACUCGGGUACAUUGUCAGGUGGAAGAUGCGCCCUGCUACUUUAACUUCCGACCGAGGGAGAAUCAAGGAAGGCACAAGCCCAAAUUCCCGAUGCAAGCUGUCAUCCAUCAAACCUCUGGGAGAAGUGAAUUUUUACCUGGCACUGGAAAGAUGGGCUUAUUUUAUGCGUAUGUCUUAAAAUAUGAGAAACAGGGUAAGCUCGCUCUCCUAUUGCUGGCUCUUGUAGAUGACCUGCUCAGACAAGCUCGACGGCAUCGCUUCAUCAUUGUGUCUGGAUGUGUUACAAUCUUCAUUCUAGUGGGAGCCAUGAUAGCGCUCAGCUUUUGGGGUAAGGACCUUAAGACUGAACAUUACCCCCAAACUGUACUUAAUGAAGCACGCCAGUGCAUUGUUAACAGCAAGUCCAACUGGUGGAGCUUUGGGGCCUGGUGCUUGGGCUCAUUGGGAUGCCCUCUAACAGCACACCUGGCCUCGUGGUUUUGUCUUCUUCCAGAGAAUUCAGAUUGCAGGCUCUGCCCUGAAAACUGGCAGCGCCAUGGAGACAAGUGCUACUGGAUUUCCAGAGAGAAGGAAACCUGGAACAAGAGCCGGAAUGACUGUGCAGCAAAAGACUCUCAACUUGCUGUGAUACAAAAACAGGUGGAAUUGGAUUUCAUACAUCAUAAAACUGAAGGAGGGCAACUUCUGUGGAUUGGAGUGACCACCAUGCCUCCUGCACAUGAAUGGUCUUGGGUAGAUGGCUCCCCACUAAAUGACACACUAUUGCAAGUCACAGGUCUUGCUGAGGCGAACAGCUGCGGGAUGCUGAAGGGGAACAGAGUUAACUCAGAAGCCUGCAGUGCCGUAGCCAAGUGGAUCUGUGAGACGGAAGUUCAUCUGGUGUAAAUAACAAUAAAGGAGAGAGAGAGAAGAUGUGGGCCCUGCAAUAACGAUGGCAAGAUCCUGUGAUGAUUGUCCUGACACAUGCAGCCGAAUCAAAGGGGAAAAGAUUGCUUUUGAGACAAUGUUUGUUCUUUGUGAAAAGCGCUUCUAUGUCAAUCUCAAAAUCAGUGGGCCUCUUAAAACUUUGCAGAAGUGUCCCUGUUGGGUGUGAUUCGUUUCCAGAAAUGCUGGAGACAGUGACCCACUCACUUAGCUUGGAAGAGGUGGAACAUGGAAAGUAAGAAUUUCCAUACCUAAGUUACAUCUGAAAUCCUUGGACACUCUUUGCAAAGUGGAAAUAGUAAUGUUAGUGCAGUGGUUUCUUGCUGGUCUUGGGGGUUCUUAGAAAAUGCCAAAACUUGUCACCUUUUGGAGCUGGACAGACAAAUUAAUGGAUCACGUGAAGAACACAGUCCCCCUUUAACUUCACCCUACCCCUUUUCUGACAGGUGUACCGUAGCUCAUGUCAUGUACAAUUAAUUCUCAUUUUCAACCUAAGUUGCACUCCCCCCUUUUUAAAAAUAUAUUUUUAUUAAAGAUUUAUUAGUUUACAAAAGUAUGUGCAAUGUUG